CCUUUCCGUCCCGCGGGGUCCUGGCAGGAGUGGCCGAAGGAGCCUUCUUCCUCCUCCUCCUCCUCCUCUUCCCUCGCAGAGCCGUGCCUCGGCCGGCAUGGAGGGGGCCGGGGGUCUUCCUCCUCCUCCUCCUUCUCUUCUUCCUGGGUCCAGCAGCUAGGAAGAGAGAGACCCCCGACCCUCCCGGCCAUGGCCCAACGCCUCCUCCCGGCGCUCCUCCUGGCCGCCUUCGCCGCAUCCUCCACUGGAGCCCUUCUCCCGGGAGAGGAGUCCCCCUUCGAUGGUGAUGAUGACGACGACAGUGAGGUGGUCUUUCCAGUGAAGGUGGAUGAGGGCGGGCGCUUCCUCUCCUUCGACCUGACCCACAGGCUGCUCUCCAAGCGGGACGCCUUCUCUCCGCAGAGCCGCCCUUCGGCCUUCUACCGACUUUUCCUGGGAGGGCAGCCCCUGCGCUUCGCCCUCAGCCUCAAUAGCCACCUCUUGGCCCCAGGCUUUGUCAGCGAGAGGCGCCGCCGCGGGGGCCUCGCCCAGGCCAGGAUCCGGGCCCCGGGCCCCAACCCCUGCCACAUGAACGGGAAGGUACGCAGCCGGGGCCGAGGUGGCGGGAUGGCUGCCCUCAGCACCUGCGGCGGAGGAAUGAAAGGCAUAUUCCGGCUUGCGAAUGAAGACUUUUUCAUUGAGCCGCUGACCACAAACAAACCAAGAGGGAACUCAGCCCGUCCACACAGAAUAUACAGACGCCACGCUCCAGAGUUUGAGGCAGAAGAGCUCAUUUCGGUGGCGAGCCAGACACCAUCUGCUUUGGCCCAGAAGUGCGGAGCACGAGAAAGCCUUGAAGACUCAGAGAAGCAGAGAGAAAAGUGGGAGGAGAAGCAGCGGCGGAAGCGGCGGAUCACACAGCGCUCAGUCAGCAAAGAGAAAUGGGUGGAGACGUUGGUGGUGGCUGACACCAAGAUGGUGGAGUACCAUGGUGUUGACCAUGUUGAGAAAUACGUCCUGACCGUCAUGAACAUGGUGGCUGGUUUGUUCCACGACGCCAGCAUUGGGAACCCAAUCCACAUCUCCGUUGUGCGCCUGAUCUUUUUGGAAGAGGAGGAGGAGGACCUCAAAAUCACCCACCACGCAGACAACACCUUGAGAAGCUUCUGCAAGUGGCAGAAAGCCAUCAAUAUCAAAGGGGACUCUCACCCGCUGCACCACGACGUGGCCAUCCUGCUCACCAGGAAGGAUCUCUGCACUGCCAUGAACCACCCUUGCGAGACGCUGGGCCUGUCGCACGUCUCUGGCAUGUGCCAGCCGCACCGGAGCUGCAACAUCAAUGAGGACACGGGGCUCCCAUUGGCCUUCACUGUGGCACAUGAACUGGGACACAGUUUUGGGAUUCAACAUGACGGAAGCGGCAAUGACUGUGAGCCAGUGGGGAAAAGACCUUUCAUCAUGUCUCCACAGCUCCUGUACGACGCCUCGCCCCUCACCUGGUCCCACUGCAGCCGGCAGUACAUCACCCGCUUCCUCGACCGGGGCUGGGGGCUCUGCCUGGAUGACCCUCCCACCAAAGACGUCAUCGACUUCCCCUCCGUUCCGCCAGGGGUCCUUUAUGACGUCAGCCACCAGUGCCGCCUCCAGUAUGGGCCUUACUCCACUUACUGCGACGACAUGGACAGCGUCUGCAAUACUCUCUGGUGCUCUGUGGGGAACACUUGCCACUCCAAGCUGGAUGCUGCUGUCGAUGGCACCAAAUGCGACGAGAACAAGUGGUGCUUCGAUGGCGACUGUGUCCAUGUCGGCUACCGGCCGGAGUCCACCAAUGGAGGCUGGUCAGCCUGGGGCUCCUGGGCCAGCUGCUCCCGGACUUGCGGAGCUGGAGUGCAGAGUGCGGAAAGGCAGUGCGACAGCCCCAUGCCAAAAUAUGGUGGAAGGUAUUGCCUGGGAGAACGGAAGCGUUUCCGGGUCUGCAACACCCAGCCCUGCCCUGCGGAGCAGCCUUCUUUCCGGCAGAUUCAGUGCAGCCGCUUUGACGCCCGGCCCUACAAGGGGAAGUUCUACAAAUGGACUCCCGUUCCUCAUAACAGUAGCCCCUGCGAACUACACUGCCGCCCGGAGAAUGAGUAUUUUGCCGAGAAGCUCCGGGAUGCUGUCUUUGAUGGAACCCCCUGCUAUGAAGGGACGUCCAGCCGGGAUUUGUGCAUCAAUGGGAUUUGCAAGAAUGUGGGCUGUGACUAUGAAAUCGACUCCUAUGCGGCUGAAGAUCGGUGCGGUGUUUGUCGAGGGGAUGGCUCCACCUGCCAGACAGUGACCAAGACCUUUGAGGAACGCGAGGGAUUGGGCUACGUUGAUGUGGGACUGAUCCCGGCUGGAGCCCGAGAGAUCCAGAUCGAGGAAGUGGCCGAAGCGGAAAACUUCCUGGCCUUGAGGAGCGAGGAUCCAGAGAAGUACUUCCUGAAUGGCGGCUGGACCAUCCAGUGGAACGGCGAGUACAAGGUGGCUGGGACCACCUUCACCUACGAACGGAUGGGGAACUGGGAGAAUCUCACCUCCCCAGGACCUACCCGGGAGCCCGUCUGGAUACAGCUCUUGUUCCAGGAGAAGAACCCAGGCGUCCGCUACCAGUAUACCAUUCAGAGGGAAUCAGAGGCCGAGAACGAGAUUGUGCCAGCCGAGUUCUCCUGGAAAUACGGUCCCUGGACCAAAUGCACCGCCACCUGUGGCACAGGGGUCCAAAGGCAGAUGGUGCACUGCAUGGAGAAGGUGGCUGGAGCCGUGGAAGAGCACUACUGUGAGGGGCUCGGCCGGCCGGACGACAAGCAGAGGAGCUGCAGUGAGGACCCCUGUCCAGCCAGGUGGUGGACAGGUGAAUGGCAGUCAUGUUCUGCCACUUGUGGGGACUCUGGCCUGGUCAAGAGGACGGUCCUCUGCAUCCAGAGUGUGGCCCUGGAUGAGCAGAAGGCCCUGCCACCGAGCCACUGCCAGCACCUCUCCAGGCCGGACGCCACAGCCCCCUGCAACCGAGAGGUCUCUUGCCCGGCAAAGUGGGCCACUGGCAACUGGUCCGAGUGUUCGGUGACCUGUGGAAGUGGAGCUCAGAGACGCCCUGUCUACUGCCCCCGUGACGCCAGGGCCAGCUGCGACCCCUUGCAAAGGCCGGCCUCCGAAAUGUCUUGCGUGAAGCUGCCAUGCCGAAAUAGUAAUAAUAAUAAUAAGGUGGAAAACACCCUUCCAGACUGGUCUGGGAGUGGCUCCUCCAACGAGAUCAACUUCAUCCCUGAGCGCCCAAUGCCCAGAUUCAGCCCGUCCUCGCCCAGGUCCGAAGACCUCAACGUCAUCACCGAGGAGGACUUUUCAUCUCCCGACAGCAAUCAAAAGGGGAACGUCUUUGUGGAUGACUUUUACUACGACUAUAAUUUCAUCAAUUUCCAUGAAGACCUCUCUUAUGACUCAAUCGGGGAAGAUUACAGUAGGAAAACUGAGACAGUCCCAGACGUUGAGGUGAAGACUGUGAGCAAUGCAAAGGAGGAUUCUCCAGAGACGGGGCCCUCUUUCCUCCCAACCAUGAAGGUAGAAGAUGGAAGCAGAAGCUUGCCAACUCCAGUUUCUGAACAAAAGAACAAACAAGAAGCUGUCAAGGUUGAGGGGAGCAACAUCAAUGCCAGUUUGCCCAAUUCCCUUGGCUCUGUUGCUGACACCUCAACCAGGCCCUCCAUUCCAGAGCAAAGGGAAGGCACCCAGACAGAAGAUCCUUCGCCCACAUCAGCCGCAACAAGGAAUUUCCUCAUUGGAAACAGUCACCGUUCCUCCACUAAAGAGACCUCGGAAAACCUUUCCGAAGAGGACGGGCUGUCUCCAACUUCCCUUCCUUCGUUGGCCAAUAUGAAUCCCAGUUUGCCUUCUGGCAAAGGAAACAAUGGCGAUGAAUUUGUAACAGCACAGCUUCCCGACAGUAGGAUGGAAGAUCCUGAAGGUUCAGCGCUUCCCAAUGGCUCGUGGAAGACGACAGAGAGCGGCAAGGAGGAGGCAAGCAUUACCCUUGCGGUCCCGAUAGAACGUGGGGACAGUCCAGCAACUCCAGAUGCCCAGAUUAGUUUGGUCACAACUGUAGCUCCAAGAUCGAAGCAGUGGUCUUUCCAGGUCUCCUCCCAGGGAAUGCCUUUUGCAGGAACGACCCCUGCCCUUUCCAUCCAGGACACGGCUGACUAUCCUGGCUCACCUGCACCCCAGAAAGAACUGUUUCUAUCUCAUGGUCCAAGGCUACAGUUGCCUGCUGCACCUACGUCUCUGGCACAGGGCUCUACCUCACCUGGCCCUCUGCUUCCCAAGCCAACCUCACCAAGAUCGAAGGAACCCAGUGAGAUGAAAAUAGACUCGGAAAAUAGGAACCUUUAUUUUCCUGGUGGGCAAGAAUUCCUCGGGGGCAGGAACGAAAGCGCACCCAACGGGCUCGACUGGGUCUUUGCUGGUCUUGAGCCCAACCUCACGGUGGCGUCUUCAGCAGCACCAUCUUCUGUCGCGGCAGCUGUCUUCAAUGCCAGCUGGAAAGCCGGAAACUGGAGCGAGUGCUCCACCACCUGUGGCCUGGGGGCCAUAUGGAGGACCGUGCACUGCAGCACUGGGGAUGAGAAGGACUGCAACGCAGCCAGGAGGCCCGUUCCGGCCCGAAGGUGCUACCUGAGGCCCUGCUCCACCUGGAGAGUGGGAAACUGGAGCAAGUGCUCCAAGGCCUGCGGAGGCGGAGUGAAGGUCCGGGAUGCCCAGUGCGUCGACACCCGAGAUCAGCGCCCCUUACGCCCCUUCCAUUGCCAGGCUGUCCCCUCCAAGCCUCCGACGCGCAUGCCUUGCCACACCGAUCCUUGCCUCGGAUGGUACACUUCUGCCUGGAGAGAAUGCUCUGAGCUGUGCGGAGGAGGAGAGCAGGAGCGCCUGGUCACCUGCCCUGAGUUUGGACGGUGUGACGAAGCCCUCCGGCCCAACGCUACCAGGCCAUGCCACAACCAACCCUGCACCAAGUGGACAGUGGGGCCCUGGGGCCAGUGCUCGGUCUCGUGUGGUGGGGGCAUCCAGCGGAGGCAAGUGAAGUGCAUGAACACUAAGACAGGUGAAGCAGAAGAGGACCGGAGCCGCUGCAGCCACGAACGUUGGCCGGAAAAUAUCCAGAAGUGCAGCCCGCAAGACUGCAGCCUCGGUGAGCCGAGUAAGUGGAGCAGAGGCCGUGGGAUUGUUUCCUGAAUUGAGUCACCUGGACCCCAAGUCUGACCUCCUCUAGGCCUCUCUGGGAGGUUUAUUGGGCCAAAAAAUGGUGCUAAACCCCAGUCCUACAGGAUUCAUGGGGUAGAUACUUAGCUUUUCUUGUUGAUAGACUGAACACAGAAUCCCAACCAAAUUAGUCCUGCUGUUGCACUCCUGGCCUGGAAAUACCAAUGACCACUGCACCACACAAGAGUCCAAGAAUAUAAGCAAACAGUUUAUUAUAGAAACACAUAAAAAGCAUAUGAAAUUCAGGAAUAAGGAAGGAAGAUAUAUAAUCCAAAAAUGGUUUAGCAACAGGUGAAAACCAAACAGUAAUCCAAAUGUCUCAUAAAGUUCCAGAGGUGACAAAGUCCAGGAACAGCCAGAAAUCACAGGUACAGCAUAAGUUCACCAGCAAGAAGGUAUAACUAGUAAAAAUGUGAACAGGAGUACAUGGAACAUAUAAGAUUUCCAGGAUAUAUUAAAUCCAAAGCCAAGGCUAGACUUGAACCAGGAACAAGAGAACUCAGGCUUAGUUUAUCACUCUAAUGCAGCAUUGCCUGAACUGUCCUGACGGUAAACAACUUAUUGUUUAAUAGACAUCCAUGAAAGCAUUAUGUCUUCCGUGAAUUUUCUCCACAAUUUUCCCACAUAAUCUCUCUGACCAAUACAAUUUAUUUUUGGCUCUGAUUUGUAAAUAAGGACUUUUGUUGAUCUCUGUGGCUACAGGUAGUUUCUCCUGGGAACCCUCCCUAUCAUUCAGCUCUUCACUUGCUGCCUUAUCUGCUGUUGCUACUUCUGACUCCCCUGAAAGACCUUGAGGCCCUGCGCUUUCCAAGCCAGUUUUCUCACAGAGAGAACCAUAAUUUCCCAGACUUGAGAGCCCAUCACUUUGUGCCAAAGGAAAGCUCUCAGUCCUCUCUAAAUCAUCAGUUAAACCAUCAUCUUCUGGGUGAUCUACAACACCUGCCUUGUCCUCUCUCCUUGUCCAGGCGUUUCCUGCGACCGUGACCGGCUCUCCUUCGGUUUCUGC